AUUCAGUUACUCCAGUUCCUUGAUCUGUCUUUUAAUUUCGCUAUCACUUCGAAUUAGAGGUUAUGGCGUUGGCGUGCUGUGUCCCUGGUUCAGAGUCGGCUAUCUGUCUGUUGCACAAGAGCCGGAGUUUAAAUGAUGUUUCUGGUGCUUUGAGAGAAAUACUGGGUCGCCAAACAAUUAAGCUCAUAUUCGGGAUUUGUUUCAAUAGACGUCAGGGAAGGACAGUGACGGAGAACAACUUUCAUUUCAUCGACGUUCACAAUAAAAAUAAAAACAAUUAUGAAAAGGUCAUAGGUAUUGUUGGCACAACUUUAAAUAACAUCAAUGGCGCGCGUCAGUCAAUAUACGUCUUCGGCUUUGGGGACGCGUUAACAAAUCACACAGACCUCUUAAAAUUUAUAACGGAACCCUGCAAUGGAGUUGAGGAAGCAAUUAGUGAGUACAGACGUUUUGCGAUGGCUGCACGAUCCACAGAAAGGGUAUCAUACGGGCCCAUCAUUCGUAAGGCUACCUAUAUGGCAAGUCAAAACCGUGACCAGCACCAUGUGCUGGUUAUAGUUGCCAGUGAACCGGUGACAAGGAGCUUUGAUACCAAGCAUGGCAAGCUAAGCCCCGACGAGGAAGACACUCACAAAGCAAUUAAGGAUGCAAAGAUGUUCCGCUUGUCAAUUAUUCUAGUCGGCAUUGGGGAGACAAAUGCCAGCAUGAAGAACGGACUGGGGAACUCUGAUUGCUGUAGCCACAACAAUUUCACGUUUGUGGACUACACGCAAAUCAUGAAAAACACGCCCGUUAUUGGGAGAGAUAAAGAGACAGAUUUUUGUCUUGCAGUCAUUGAGAAUCUCCCUGGGCAGAUUAGACAGGGUAUUGAGAGACCGGCGAGAGCUAACGUGACUGCAGCCGAAGUACUUCCCUCCAUUGUUUAUAUACCACCCUUAAUUGACAACUUGGCGCAACAGUAG